AUGCAGCAAGAUAACACCUUUCAUCUCAGGCAUAUUAUCAAUUAUGUGAUCUUAGAUCGCCCGGGAAAAGAGCUGGAAAUUGAUGAGAAAGAGGCUCUCGAGGGAUCAGUCAGUGAUGGCGAGCUACUCGAGCGACUGCCAUUUGAGAAAGACUCAAAGGAUGUUCUAGAUUGGAUUAACAACGCUGAAUCAUUCGGAGAGCUUGAUCAAGAUGCAGACACGUCUAUUAUGGACCAAGGAGAGGUUGGAUUGGAGUUGCCAGAGUACCCCGAGUACGAAAAGUUCAUUCAGGGAUCAGUUGCCUACAAGGAUUGGCUUCUGUCAAGUAUACGCGGAACUGGUCCAAUCCCAACUAAGAUCAUUCAACUCGCUACGCAGGAUGAGCCGUCGAAGACCGCAACCCUUGGUAAAGAUGACCUUUAA